AUGGGAGGGAUAUCCCCAGGGUUUGAAUCUGCUGCUUCGCCUUCGAGCUUCGACGACUCAGGGGGUUUUGCCGCGUUAGGCACAUCCUUUACUGACACCAGUGAUAAACGAAGCUGGCGAAGACCUGUCGCAUGUUUCGACAAGUCCAGCACUGGGCGUUUGUUACCCAUCGUACUAGCUGGGUUGAAUUCAAGAACUCGCGGCUUUGACGGAGAGAUAGCUGUCUGCCACGGUAUAUGUUCGGCAUCUGCAUUCAAUCCGUCAAGAUUGAAAGAGAGGCAGGGACAGAAUCGGCUUCAUCAGCUCGGUAUUGAGCAUCAACAACUCGCGCUCUGUCACCUCUGCCGCAGUAUAGCAGGGAAGGAGCAGGCGCGAUGCACAUCCAAUUGGGUAGCUGUUCUGGCCUUACUGGUCCAUGCCGGUGUCCAGGGUGAGAUAGGUGAAUGGCGAACUCACGUCAAAGCAUUGCGUUCGUUGGCCCUGGCCAACAUAGACAUGGUUCAGCAUGAUGUGGUGGCCCAAGUAGUACUUGAAUCGCGUCUCUGCAUGUCUGUCCUAGGCGACCUACGCGACGAUCAUGUUCUAGAGAGCAUGAUGGACGCGAUCCCUUCUGGACCAAGUUAUAUGGAGACAGCACAUGGCAUUAGUCGAUCCCUGCUCAGGACCAUCUACAAGAUCAUCUUGCUGGCGUCGUUGACACGAUCCGGGGAAAUUUUUGGAAGCGAGGGCGAUCAACUGCAUCUAGAGCUACUACUUCAUGCUCCUGGGAACAUCUCCACCGCAGGCUUGGAUGCAACUUCUGCCAGGCUGCUUGUGCAUUACUCAAGCAUCUAUUACGAUGCUACGCUGAUUCACUUUGAACGUCUCAUCCGCCGCAGAAGCCCUACAGCGCUCCAGCGAUUUGUGGAAAGAGUCGUUGACCAUUUAGAGUUGAUCGAAAAGGAGAGUGGGGAGCCCAAGGGAUGUAUCUGGGUAUGGUUGUGUUUGGUCACCUCGGUCUAG